UCUGCUCUCUGUUAUGGCUUUCCCACAGAAGUGAACAAAGAGAAAUUGAGGAAUAAAGAAAGAGAGAGGGAGAGAGAGAGAAGGAGAGAGAGAGAAAGAGAAGGAGAGAGAGAGAGUCCAAUUCAGGACAGAGGAUAUAAGUCACGGUGUGGCAGGUAAAGGCCUGACAGGCAGUGAGUUACAGUAAGAGGCUGCUGGGGAUUUCCAUGUUUAGACCCUGCUGACUACUGCUGCUGGCGUUCCCAGUCUCCUGAGAGAUAUACCGGAUCCCCCCCAGACAGCUCCCCGCCCCACCACCACCACCUCUCAGCUGCUCAACUGUUUUUAAGUGGUGCAACGUUAAAGGUGCUGCAGUUUCAUUUGUAUUUGCUACAGUAUUUGUCUCUCUCCUCUCUUUGUGCCAAAGAUUUGACCUUUGUAGGCUCCAGAUAUCCACAUUUUUUCAAAUUCAAGAUACCUGCUCUUUGAUGCGUCUGCAGGUUGCAUCUGCUGAACCGCACUAUGCAGAGGAGUCCGCACUCAACGAAUAUAGCUGCUCAGCAGCAUCAUAUGAGUGAAGCUGGGUCUUCUAAUAGUUUCGAAGCCCUCGGAUGCCACGAGCAGCUGGAUUCGAAGGACAACCAGGACUCUGAGGACCCCAGAGAAUACUGUUACGGUGGGUACCACCCAGUCCACAUAGGUGACACCCUCAACACAAGAUACCAGGUGGUUUCUAAGCUGGGCUGGGGCUAUUUCUCAACUGUCUGGCUGUGUCUCGACCUCAGGCUAGGUCUUCGUGUUGCUGUGAAGGUGCUGAAGAGCGGGCCUGGCUUUGCCCAGGCAGGACAGGAUGAACUUGCUCUCCUACGAUGCGCUAGUGGUCCUACGAGCCGUCAUCCCUCUAGUCGAAGAAUUGUCCAGCUGCUAGAUGAGUUCAAGCUGGCCGGGGUCAAUGGGGUCCACACGUGCCUGGUGCUGGAGCUGUUGGGGCCCGACCUGAGAAGCUGGCAGCUAUGCUUUGGGGAUCCAGGACUGACUCAGCCUUCGGUCAAACAAAUACUGACUCAGGUGCUGCAGGGUCUGGACUACCUUCACACUCAGUGUAAAAUCAUACACACAGACAUCAAGCCUGAGAACAUCCUGCUGUGCCUGGAGGAGCAGUCCCACAAAGUACCAGCAGGGGGCAGCAGCUCCUCCUCUGUGCUAACUCUGAAAGGGGCCAAGUCCACAGGGAAGGAGAAGGUGAACCCAUACAGUUUAAAGGAAAUUACAGUGAAGAUUGCUGACAUGGGCAGCUCCUGCUGGGUGUACAAACAUUUCUGUGAGGAGAUCCAGACCCGUCAGUAUCGCUCACUAGAGGUUUUACUGGGAUCUGAGUACGGUCCGCCUGCUGACAUCUGGAGUGUCGCCUGCAUGGCCUUUGAGUUGGUCACCGGAGACUCCCUGUUCGAACCCAAAGUCGGCGAAUCCAUUUCCCUGGAGGAAGACCAUAUAGCCCAGAUCAUGGAGCUGCUGGGUAAAAUCCCACCAGCUGUUGCCUUGUCAGGUAAAUACUCUGCAGAGUACUUCAGCCGCAGAGGUGACCUGCGUCGUGUUGGUCCACUGAGGCUCUGGAGCCUCUAUGACGUUCUACUGGAGAAAUACCACUUCCUAUUGGAGGAGGCUUCUGGAUUCUCAGACUUCCUUCUUCGCAUGUUGGAUUAUCAUCCGGAGAGGAGGGCUACUGCUGCACAGUGCCUCCGCCACCCUUGGCUGACCUCAUGAUAGCCCCCUAAAGGCCCUGCUCAACCCAUCUGCUUGAUGUUUUCAGCAGCUCGAUCUGGCCAAUUUCAGAACGUACCAGCCACAAACUCAGUCUGUGAGAUGUUAAAAAUGCACAGGGUGUCUUUCGUUUUUUAUACUAGAUAAAUCAAAAGAGUUAUUUAGGAGAAAGUUUGUAUUUCACUCACUUUGAUUCAUGAAUUUCUGUGGAAUGUGGUUUUGUCUUGAUAGAGAAUAGGAUGCCCUCUCUGCUGGAGCCAGUUAUGCACUUUAUGCUGUUAAGGUGUUUUUUUACAUAGAUCUUUUCUGGCGUAGCUACUGUAAGUCUUUGGCUGCCUGACCUUUGAGUCCUAUAAGUCAGUGGUUCCCAACCUUUUUCCUCAAGGGACUGCUUUUCUAUCAUUUAGAAAACUUAUGACCCCUGACUAAGUGAAUUAUUUUUUGGAUAUUUCAUAUUAUAUUCAAAACAAAAAGAUUUGGAU